AUCUCUCAAACUUCAAAUUUCAGGUGCAAGUACUGGUUAUAGAGUCCAAAGUAAGGAAAACUAAAACAUUCACCCGUUGUCAAACGUUUGUCCGAAGUCAUUAAAUUUACUCACUAAAACGAAAAACGUGUCAUCCUAGUUGGCCGACAUUUGUCGCGAGUCACGCAUUUGCCCCAAGCCUACUAUUGCACCAUUCAACUUCGAAGAAUUUUUCCUCAGUCGCCGUGCAAUAUUCCCACCUCAAAUAACUGUGUUAAGUUUAGAUAAGUCAAAAAAUGAAACCCCAAAAGUCAAAUUUAACGGCAAAGAGGCUCCUGCGGAGUAGUUUACUGGUGCAAAUUCGUGAAUUCUUCACCCUCUCAACCCUCCACGGAGUUCGUUACGUGACCGAGCGAGAUCGACCGUUUCGGGAGAAGUUUUGCUGGUUUGCGCUUGUUAACACCAGUGCCGUCACAACGUUGAUCAUCAUCUUCAACCUGUGGCAAAAGUUUCAAACAAACCCCACUAUCACCGGACCGGAUACGGCAUCAAGUGAAAACUCGACUACAUUUCCAACUGUGUUGGUUUGUCCUGCGGAUCCUCUCGAUCAAUCAAAAAUUCUCGAAGUAGCAGAAAAGCUUAAAACGGGCGAUGACCUUAAUAAAACCAUAGAAUAUCUCCUACAAUUGCCACUUAUUUCCUACAAAACGCUUGCCAAAGUCAAGUUUUCACUUUUUCCUCCAAAUCUCAACAUCCGAGAGCUGAUUUUCCGGAUAGCCGUCGACUGUGAGCUGCUGAUUUAUGACUGCUGGUUCCGGGUUGACGAAAUAGAAUGCUGUGCCCACUUUAAGAGUGUUUACUUCGAGCACGGAUUUUGUUACGGUUUCAACGGACAAUUUGUAGAUACGGCCACGGGCAUGUGA